GGUAAAUAACUGGAGCGACAUCUACAUCCGGCAUAAAUAUGGCGACCGAAAACAUUUUAGGAACCGGCGAGUUAUGGAGAAAUGGACCUGCUCCUGGUUCCUUGUAUCAAUUCCCUGGGAAUCAGUCGUCGCAGACUAGUUCACAGAUUGGGCCAGCAAAACGUACCAUGGCUCCCACAGUUACUGGUACCUCAGUGCUGGGCCUAAAGUUUGAUGGAGGUGUGAUUAUAGCCGCAGAUAUGCUUGGGUCUUAUGGUUCACUGGCCCGCUACAGGAAUCUCUCUCGUAUACUAAAGAUUAAUGACAGCACAGUGAUUGGUUGCGGUGGUGACUACGCCGACUUCCAGUACCUUAAGUCGACAAUUAACCAGAGAGUUAUAGAUGAAGAAUGUUGGGAUGAUGGUUUCCAGUACACACCCAAGUCCCUGUUCUCCUGGAUGACCAGGUUCAUGUACAACCGACGGUCAAACUUUGACCCACUUUGGAACACCACUGUAGUUAGUGGAAUAGAGGAUGGUCAGCCAUUCCUGGGUUACGUGGACAAGAUCGGUGUGGCCUAUGAAGCUCCAACAGUGGCGUCAGGCUAUGGUUCCUAUAUUGCACUGCCACUACUGAGGGAUGCCUAUGCUAAAAACCCUAACAUGACUAUGGCAGAGGCAGAACAGCAAAUAGAGAGAUGUAUGAAGGUCCUCUUCUACAGGGACGCCCGCUCACUAAACAAGUUUGAGGUAGCUGUUGUAACAAAGGAUGGGGCCAUGAUACGAUCCAACAUCGAAGCCAAGGCGAACUGGGAGAUUGCACAUCUGAUCAAGGGGUAUGAAUGAACAAAAUCUUGCUUUGUGGAAGGAUUGUGUGCUGUAUGGAAAUUGUUGAGGAUGGACCAAGACAUUUGUCAACUCAAGUUCAUACUUUGAGUCAGUGUAAAUGGUAUCUUGAAUAUUUGAUACAUUCAUGUGUGAUGUUAUGAUGAACUUUUUGGAGACCAUCCCAUCCACCAGCUACUCAAGUGCUGACACUUAAAAGUGCUAAACACGACCAGAAGAUUGAGUGUUUGUGAGAAAAAACAAUAAAAUAUUCAUUAUUUGUAUCAAUGAAAUGUUGAUACAAUAAUUUGUAUGACAGACAAGUGUGAAUGUGAUAGUAUGUAUCAAUAAAAGUAUGAAAUGUU